AUGAGCGACCCGUCUCCCAGGAAGAAGAAUGGCGGCAACCCUUCUGCUCCGAGACAAAUCCGCUUUGUCGCAACCGACGGCCAGCCGCAGACGAAGCGACGCCGCGUCAAUGCCGCGUGCCUAACAUGCCGCCGACGCAAGAUCAGAUGUUCGGGCGAACAGCCAGUGUGCAAAACGUGCUCGGACUAUAAGCAUGUUUGCUUGGGAUACACCGAAUCGACCGCUCACCUACGAACGCAGUCCGAUUCAACUUCGCGACCCCCGCCGCGCCUUUCCGCCCCCAAUGGAUCGUCGACCCAACAUACCUCUCGGGUGAUAGAAAGUAGCUCUCCCGAGCCGGCGGUCACCACCAUACCAACGCCAGCUGUGAACAGAUCCCCCAAGGACCAUGGGUUAGGAUUGCAGGAUGUAUCUCCCUACUUGGAUAUUUCUACGCGGAACAGAGAUCUGGAGUCCCGGCCUGCUGUUGAUAGUCCGGAGAGCAGUCGUGCUUCUGUGAGCUCCGGUAACCGCACGCAUGUGCCUUACUUCCGUUACUUCGGCCCUACAGCGAUCGUUCCGGGAUUCAAGCAAAUGGUGGUGCAGGUCCGAGGCUCUCGCAAGAGUAACCCUUCCGUGUCCUCAGACUCGGGGUCUCCCUUCCGAAGUCCCAGACUAGCAGACAAGACCGCCGACAACUCCAGCAGAGUCCCCGCUGCAUCAGAGAACCGGGAAAGCCGAGAUGCAAACAUACCCUUUUAUGAUCCAGAUGAUGCCGCGCCUGUUUCGAAUUUGGUCUUACAUCUUUGUGAUCUGUUCUUUGCCCACCUCGGAUGCAACUUUCCGUUCCUGCAAAGAGAUAGAUUUUUCCAAGAUCUGAAGGACAAGAAGGUUGACACUAUGUUGGUGGAUGCCGUGUGUUCAUUGUCUGCGCGAUUCUCAACGCAUCCAUCGCUUGAACAUCCACAGGCGCAGCCCAUUGAGCGCCCACCCUCACUAGACGACAAUACGAAGUCGCUGCGCGGCUUGCCAUUUGCCCAACGCGCGAUGAGUGCCCUCGUUGAUUCACUGCCAUGCCCUACCCUUUCCGCCGUCCAAGCCUGCUUGCUACUUGCUUAUGAGCAGUUCGGAUCGAAUCGCGAUAGUGGCCUUUGGAUGUAUCUCGGCAUCUCAAUUCGAAUGGCGCAAGACCUUGGGUUGCAAAAGUUUCAAGGUCUCAAGCAUACUUACGGCCAGAGUGGUGUCACACCAAGCGAUGUGAUGACUGGCCACGCUGGCAAUUUGAGGGAAGACCAGUACGAUGAUUUCGAUGUGCAUCACACCCCCAAGGUAUCACCCAAACCCUUGACGGGGGAGCGUGCCCGAGAACGUGAGCGUGUAGACUCGUUCUGGAGUAUAUUUUUCCUAGACCGAGUUAUCUCCUCGGGAACGGGACGGCCGGUCACACUCCGCGAUGAAGACAUUGAGCUUUGUUUCCCUCUCCAGUCAGAAUCACAGCUCCCAAAUGGUUGGCCUGCUCCUUUCCCGCCUCUCAUUCGGAUCAUUCACCUAUACGGUCGCGUGACCGAUCUGAUCAACGGUAUUCAAUUCGUCAAGCACGUCACACAAGAUACUUUGAAGAUGCUCUCUGGGAUGGAGAGUGACCUGACUGGUAUCUAUCAACGAUUGUCUCCAAGGCUUCAUUUCAAUGCUGCCAACUUCCAGGCUUAUGUCAAAGCCCAGGAGGGAACCAACUUCAUCCUUCUUCAUUUUUGGUUUCAUACUCUUAUUGUACUGUUGCACCAGCCGACAUUGUUAAACUCGUUUGGGGGAUCCAUUCAACAUCUAUACCCAAACAGUCGUGAGUUGUCGAUGUCAUCUGCCAAAACUAUUGCGGAUAUAUUAUCCUUCACUGAGCUUGUUGACGGGAAGAGCUUCAUCGGCAACCCCUUUACAAGUCAGCCAAUGUACAUUGCAGCGUGUGCCUUCCUCAUGGAAAGUGCUUACUAUACCAUUUCGCCGUCGAGUGAUGGCUCAUCAUCACCUCAGCCAUUGCUGGCCAACCAGUCCAGAGGAUUCAUACCCCCCAUUACGGAAUCUUCCAAGGUGUCUGAACGGAAGACGACAGCGAGACACGUUUUGCUCGCUUCUGUAGCGAAAGAGAAUUACCAGAGAUGCUACAAGGCAUUGCAGGCCCUCAACACAUACUGGGAAGGCACUGGGUACAUUCUGACAGUGCUAGACCAAAAGGCAAAGGGGAUCGUUGACCCCCUUCUCUACACUGCAGAGGACAUGGAGAACACUGACGGAAUUGCCCCAGGGCUGCCUCUGGGGCCCGGACCUUGGCGCUUAGGCAAAGCACAGGCAGACGGAUCCGAUUCAGAAAAGCCACGCGAUGCCGCCGACAUCCCAUCCGGUGGCAAGUGGUCACCAAACAUUGAUCCAAGUCAGGCUAUUGGAUGGUCCCUCACAGGCGCUACAAAUUCUUCUCAACCCAACCUUAGUCUACUAUACCAGUUGCCCACGGCCGAGCCUGACAAUCCACCCGACCGUCCGACAUACUCCUCGCAGUACAGUCACAGCUAUCCAGUCCUGCAAAAUGCGAACCAAGAUACCAGCUCGUCAUUCGCUCCUCUCACAGGGACUCACAAUGAUAGGGCAGCUUCGCUUGCGGUAGCAAACGCCGAUUAUCCCGCGAUCGCUCCCGACCCCUACUACAUGGGCCUGAAUUCAACCUAUCCAGAGUCCAGGACACGUCCGACUCGCCCGGCGCAGUCGGCCCAGCCUUCUUUCUCUGGCCUCCCAUCAUCCCAACUAGAAGCUCGGCCUUCUUCUUUCGACUACUCCAUCCCCCCAACGCCUAAUGCAAGUGGAAACACAAUAGGCCCCGGUACCGAUGUCCACCUGAAUGCAGAUAACAAUGGGAUGAUGAUCGGCAGCCAUGAUGUAGACAUGAAUACGCUCAAUCAUCAAGAGUCCUUCCCGUUCGCGAACGGCGAGAUUCUUCCCUGGCUGGAGUAUCUCCCACAAGAUGUUCUUAGCUUCUUUGGAGACCAUCAAACAUACCCCUUGAUGGAUCCGGAUGAUGUGUCACGACCUUGA